GAGAAGCAUUGGGUGGAGCGGAGUAGCGGAGGUCCACAAGCUCCUUCAGCCGCUAUCUAGGAAGGAUAGACGUAGGAUUUCCUCAAAUGGCCUCCCAAACUCUCCUGAAUCUGGGAACGAAGAUCGUCGCUGUCGGCCGCAACUAUGCCGCCCACGCCAAGGAGCUCGGCAAUGCCGUCCCCAAGGAGCCGGUGCUAUUCCUCAAGCCGACCUCGUCCUAUCUUCAGAACGGAGGCACCAUCGAGGUCCCUCACCCACUGGAAUCGCUUGAUCACGAGGUCGAGCUCGCCGUUGUCAUCGGUCAUAAGGCUCGCGAUGUUUCCGAAGCUGGGGCCAUGGAUUUUGUUGGUGGUUAUGCUAUUGCGUUGGAUAUGACUGCAAGGGAGAUUCAAUCUUCUGCCAAGUCUGCAGGUCUUCCUUGGACAGUAGCUAAAGGGCAGGACACCUUCACCCCAAUAAGUGCUGUCCUGCCAAAAUCUAUGAUCAAGGACCCAGAUAAUCUGGAAUUGUGGUUGAAGGUGGAUGAGGAAAUCAGACAAAAAGGCUCAACAAGGGAUAUGCUAUUCAAGAUACCUUUCUUGAUUAGCCAUAUAAGUUCUAUUAUGACUCUAAUGGAAGGAGACGUUAUAUUAACGGGUACACCUCCGGGCGUAGGGCCGGUGAGGAUUGGGCAAAAGAUCACAGCAGGCAUUACAGGUUUUAUCGACGCCCAUUUUGACAUUCAGAGGCGCCAAAAGACAAGCGAUUAGCAGCCGAAAAGCCACACAAGUUAAACCACAACCUGCUGCUUUUUAUCUGUUGCACCAUCCCUGUAAUUGCGUCACUGAUUUGGCUGCCACAAUGAAGUGGAUGUAACAAAGGAGUAUCAGUAAUUCUCUGCCUGCUGCUGACAAAUAUAAUAAUUUGGAAACAAAGUAAGGUAAGCUCUUGAUUGAAAAUUUUCUAGUUGUCCAAUUAUUUGCUAUACAUUUUUUAGUUAUUGUUUUUUGAAGUAUCUACUUAAUAAUUAGAAAUUAAUCAAAUAUAAAAUUUCAUGAUAAGCUUAAUAUAAA